AUGUUGGAUGUCACCCUGCACUCUCGUCUACGAUGUGACAUGAGCUUGUCUUGGUUUUUGGGCUCGCCGGAGUCUCCAACCAUCGCGUGUGAUACUUGUGAUCCAGACAAGGCAUUGGAUAGCAGUAACCCUCAUGGCAAUACACAGCCUGGAGAUUACGCUGGUGAGUUCAAAAUUGAAGCUCCUGCAUGCUCUAUUGCCCUAUAGGGCUCUGCUCUCCUUGUGUCCCUCUUUAUUUCGGAAUGACUUAACCCUGAUCCCAUCACCCGGCCAUUGUUUUGUGCGCAGGCUACAGCAUGAAAGGCACAAGAUUGCUCUCAAGCCUCACUGAUUCCGAAUCCAAACAGAAGGAUCAAAUGGUGUAUUCGCAGGCGAAGAAAGACUACUAAAAGGACUAAGGUCAAGAGGUGCCUGUGGCGCCGUGCGCAAGUAAAGCUUAGGCCACUGAGGUUGGCUUGAGGUUGUCGUGAGGCGGAAGCGGAGCGGCGCCUUACACAGCAGUGACGACGCGGAAGAAGUCUCACAACUUCUCAGUAAGUUCCGGGACAGAAAACGCAACUUCUUGGCUUUGCUUGUGCCCUUGCUCCACGAUUGUCACUCAAUGAUCCUUCCUCUCUUCGUGUCUGCGUUGCGCUAGUUCCCACCCCUGGGUCUACGAGAUCCGUAACUUUCGAGGGGUCAAGGCUGGCAAGAAAUGUUUUCUCCUCUGCUGACACAGUCAUCACCCAGCACCCACAAGCUGGCAGUUUGUCGCACCUGGGAUCUGUACAAGGAAACAAAAUAUUGAGAGCACGAACUUGUCUUGCAUCGGACCAAUCUGGCACUCCUUCCAUCAGCAACUUUGCCACUCGCGCUUUAGUGCAAUUUAGCUCGUUUUCUAUAAUCUCCGGUGGGUCGCUAAAUGACACUUAA